AUGCGGGAUAUUUGCGAUCCAAAUGAACUCAUUGGUGCGCUGGAUGUGCUGCAAGAUUACUACAAGCAUGACCUACUCGAUCAGAUGCGCUCCCUUACAGAAAGUGCAACUGAACAUCUGUAUCCGUUCAUGUGCCGACAGUAUCUUCCCGUAGAGUAUCACUUGAAAGUGAGCAGCUUUUUAACAAAAUUUAUCGAAUGUUUGUCAAUUUGUUUGUGCGAUACGCUUGUUUUGAUUAUUCUUGAUCAAAUUUUUCUGGGAAUAGUGACCGAUAACAUUAAAAUUGAAGAAAUUUUUGCGUAA